AACCAUGUGUCAAUCUGACGUUUGACGUUUCAACUUUCAGCGGUUGUUUUUCACCCAAAAUCGAAAUUUUUUAAAGUAAAACGUAAGACAAGGGUCCCACAAUCAUUCCCAAUGAGCCAAGACAAAGUGUCUCUAUUACGCGACCCAACUGCCGGUGUUUCCACAUCAUCAGACAGCAGAAACUACGACUCUGUGGACCCUCCACCCCACACCGAAAACCGUGCCCAAAUCAGCUUUGUCCCUCGCCGACUCCCCCAAUAUGUGGCCGCCUUGACAGCAACUUUAUCGGCCCUCGCUGCUGGUGCCGUCCUGGGCUGGACUUCCCCCAUUUUAAGCGACCUCCAGCACGGUAAAUUCCACAAUAUUUCAGUCACUAGCGACCAAAUGGGCUGGAUUGGCUCGUUCGUCACUCUAGGUGGCAUGACAAUGUGCAUUCCUACUGGUUUUUUGUGCGACUUGCUAGGCCGUAAAAAAACACUUCUUCUCCUUAUUGCACCGUUCGCCGUUGGUUGGUCGCUCAUUAUUUUCGCCAAAUCGAUAAUAAUGCUGUAUUUGGGGCGCCUGAUCACCGGGAUGGCCGCUGGGGCGUCGUGCGUGGCAGCCCCCUUGUACACGAGCGAAAUCGCGCAGAAGGAAAUCCGCGGCACGCUUGGCAGCUACUUCCAGUUGAUGGUAACUGUCGGUAUUUUCCUAGCCUAUUUGUCCGGGAAAUACCUCACUUCAAUGCCCUAUACGAUUUUUUGUGCUUGUCUCCCGGUUGUUUUCGUCGUUUUGUUUGCAUUUCAACCGGAAACUCCGGCGUUUUGUUUACGUAGGGGGCGCUAUGACGACGCUCUGAAGGCGUUGGUUAAGUUAAGGGGGCCCUGUGAGGGCAACGAGUCCGAAUUGGCCGAAAUUGAAGGCUCGUUGAAGGAAAGUCUCGAAAGUUCGGUUUCUUUUUCGCAAACGUUUCGCAAAAAAGCCAACGUUAAAGCGCUCGUGAUUGCGUUUGCGUUGAUGUUUUUCCAACAGUUUAGUGGCAUUAAUGCUGUUAUUUUGUACACGAGUGAUAUUUUUGCAUCAGCUGGUUCAAAUCUUGAUGCUAAUACUGCGGCGAUUAUCGUGGGGGCCUUUCAGGUUGUUGCUACGUUCGUUUCGUCUUUGGUGAUUGAUAAAUUGGGGCGGAAAAUUCUCCUAUUUACCUCGGCCGUGGUUAUGGCACUUUCAAGUCUCGUCUUGGCGAUUUAUUUCACUUUGAAAUGUCGAACGUCCAUUGAUGGUGAUAUUUUGCACGAGCUUGGUUUCAUUCCGAUCGUGUCGCUGUGUCUUUUUGUGGUGGUUUUCUCCAUAGGUUUAGGUCCCAUUCCUUGGAUGAUUUCUUCGGAGAUUUUUACACCAGAAAUUAAAAGUAUAGCCAGUUCAAGUGCUGGUACUUUCAAUUGGUUUUUAGCAUUUCUAGUGACUAAGUUUUAUCUUCAAGUAAAUGAACGUGUAGGUCAGGACUCGACUUUUUAUGCAUUUGCUGUUUUGUCUCUUUUGGGUGGGGCGUUUGUUUAUUUUGUGAUACCUGAGACUAAAGGAAAAACUGUCGAACAAGUCCAGGCAGAACUUGAACGUUGAAUUAUUGUUAUUACACAAUGAAUGUUUAAAUACUCAAUGUUAUGAUUGUCUCAAAUAUCUAAAUGGUGCUAGUUAUAAUUUCAUUAAUGACACUGUUCAGCAAAUUGGGACGAAAUUAUGUUUCUUUAAUGAAGAAAUUUUGAGAAAAUCGCUGGUUUUUGGCGUUUUGUUGGCACUUUCCUGCUUAGGAAAACUGAAAAAAUAUUUUUUAAUAAAUGAAAAAUUACUUUUUUAACUCUUAAACUUAUGACAUUGAUGUAAAUGAAAACAAAUAUAAAAAAUAAGACAUUUCGGCUGCCCCAAGCUAAGGCACAGUAUCUGCUUUUUACUUAAUUUUUCACUGGACCCAAAAAUAACUUUUAAAAAUACUACUCACCACUACUACUUAAAUAUUAAAUGCUAUUAAAAAGUAAAUACAAUUUCAAGUAGUUUUCAGUACAAAAGCAAUUAGUUAAUAAUAAGAUAACGAAUAUUAACAUUUACGAACAAAUUUAUGCAAUAACCCGAGACAGAAAUUUGGCCAACUUAAAGUUCGACUAAAAGUAAUAUAUUAUCUGAUAAUGAAAUUAUAAAAUAUAGAUUUUUACACCUAUGUGAGUUAUUUUUACUUGGAGUACAAUUGACUGUCUCUAUGGUAGGUAUUUUGUAGAUACUUUUUGGGGAAAGGAAUAUUCUAUUGGAGUAACUGUUUAUGGGGAAAAAAUAUAUUAAUUUAAAUAAAAAUAGCUAAUGAAUAUUUAAUUGAAUCUAAGCGGAAAAAUAAAACAAAAUAUGUAAAAAAUAUGUUGGAUACUGUGUUUUUCCUUAGGACAGCCAAGUUAAUUUGUAAAAUUCAAUUAAAAAUUCUCUAAAUCUCUCUAAAGUCUGGGUGGAAAUGUACAACUUUCACUUUCAAACUUUCAGUAAUUUUAUUUCCUAAUGCAGUUAGGGGAAGUUACACGUUUACACACUUUAUAUAUAUUUUUUUAUUUAUAUAUUUUUUUCAUCAUUUCUGCAAAAACUAGUGUUUUAAACGUGAUAUUUUUCUGAUAAAAUAUAUCCCUAUUUUUUUUAACAAAAUUCUUCAAAUUCUUUUACGAGUAUAGUGUACCAGUUAGAAAAUUUUUCAAAAUUUCAAUUGGUUUUAGUCAGAAUAUAAUAUAAUAAUAUUAUAAGUCAGACUUCACAUUUCUGAUUUUUUUAGAUUUAAUUUAAACAUACUUGGCUUUAAAAAUGGCAAUUAUGUUUCAACUGUUUAUUGUUAAAAGUUCUUUGUAACUUUAUCAUGUGAUCCUUUGAAUUUAUAAUUAGAGGAGGCGGUUUUUUCCUUUGAGAUUGAAAAGUGAAUGAAAAAAAUUAAAUCUCAUACGAAAAAUUUGACCAGUGAAUUGUAUCCCAGAGUAAAAAUAAAAAUUGUUGUGUUUAACUGUUCUUUUUUUUAUAAUAGAACAGGUUUAAGACGUAGUGGCCAUUUUUAAAAUUAAAAAAAAAACUUGAAAAUGGUCGAAAGUAUCAUAUAAAUAGCACAAAAAAUUUGCAAGUAAGCAUAUUUUUUUACCAAUAAUUAAAUGUUAAGCCAUGAUCUUUAUUUUUAUUUUCUAUGAUUUUAUGUUCUUAUUUAAAAUUAUUUUGUUCGUGUUAACUUUUGUACUAUUUACUACAUGUAAUUAUGAGGUUAUUUUUGUCUUUUGGAUAUAAAUAAACAUACAAUUUUUACCAUUAAUUACUUUAACAGGAAGCAAAGAAAAGCGAUUUUCUGAAAAUCGUUUCAAGUUACAACCAGUUUAUAGAACCAUCAUUAAUUUAAUUCACGAUUAACUGAUCACAUGACCAAAUUGAGCAAAUGUGAUUGGUCCAAUCGCGUUAAUUUUUAACAACGAUUUAAAUUUUAAGUGUUGGACAGUGUUAUUAGUGCUGAAACGAACAGUUACUUAUUUAAAUAAAUAUUUUCGUGUAAUGGAGGCUGAUAAUAUUAAAUGAAUAAGCCAGGGUAAUUAAUUACUUAUUGAUACAGCAUUUAUAUGCAACACUAAAAAGCACGUUGCGAUUGUUCCUUUCUAUAUUUUUUGAAUGAAGAAACUGUGACGUCAGUUGAUAGUAUUAAUUAGUUUACUUAUUGACCAACAUUGUCGCAGCCGAUUAGCUUGAAUCGGAAACAAGAUUCUUUGGGGAUUUAGGUUUGCAGUGAAACUCAGAUUAUACAUAAAUAAAUUUUAUUGAGACAGAGAUACAUUUAAAGCUUAUCUCGAACAUAUUUUGAUCUAGUCAGUAUAUUUAUAUAAAUGUUUCUGUACAAAACGUAUAUUCUAUUCUAUAUACAAUAAAAUAUUUACAAAACUGUA